AUGGGGGGAUGUCCAGCUAAAUGUGAAGUUAAAUGUGGAAAUGGUUUGAGAUAUGAGGGAAGCACACUAGAAUUAAACUUUGAACACCAAAAAACUGAAAGAAACAUUAAUCGAAAUCGAUCAGCUUCUAGUUCUCGUCAAGGGGAAUCAUCAACCUUUCCUGCUACUCAUUUUCAUCGAGAAUAAGAUUAUUCAGAUAAUAUUUUACAUACUCAAUCUGAUCCAAAAAAUGAAUUCAUUGCUAGCAACAUUGAAAUAGAGUUACUUCCAGUUUUUGUAACAACUAAAUACAUUAAUGAAUCAACUGUUAAAUAAAGAUAAAAUAGAUUUAUGGAGGAUUUAGAGAUCGAAGUCAAGGCUAGAAUACAAGAAAUAAAGCAAGAAGAAUAAGAGGAGCGACAAAGAUUCAUUAUAAACGAUAUUGUUAGGAAACAAUUAGAAUUUUAAAAAAUAAAAUCUGAAUUAAUCUCUAAAUCUUAAAAUAAUUAUUUAGAAAAUUCAUAAAAGUUUAAUUAAAAAUAAUAAAUAUCACCUAAUAAGGAUGCUUCAAAAGAAUCUAAAGACUCUCAAUUUGCAUCUCUUUAAUCAAGUUCAUUGAUGUUAUCAUCUGAAAAGUAAUCCAACAUUCAGUCAACUGUCAAUAAAACAGAUCCUCUCAAAUACUCUACACAAAAUCAACAUCAUCAAAAAAAGGCUUUUGAGAAGAUCAUAAGUAAUUAUUAUAUAGAAGACAACAGUUGUAGCUGCAAUAGCAAAAAGAAAGGGAUACUUAAAUAACAUAAGAUUCCAUUAUCAUUAACUUCGAAAAGUUUGCCUAAUAAAACAUAGGCAAAAUCAAAAUUAUUCAAAAAGAAAAGAGUUCAUUUUUCUUAAGAAACUAAUUUUAAUUUUGAAAAAAAAAGCGAAGAUAGAAAACAUUCAAGAACAUGGUGGAAAUCUAUUUUUUGA